AUGGCUAUCAAGGAUGACGUCCGGACUAUGGUACCGUUCUUCUUUUUUCGAGGAGGCUAUUCUAACAUUCACGUUAAAGCAUCGUAUGAUCGGGAACGCAGUCCCUUUCCCUCUCUCAGCCGCGCUGGGUCGCGAGCUUUUCCUCGUGGAUUUCAAGUUAUGGAUGGAUAA